AUGAUAUCAGCACACAUUCUCUCACGGCAGGCGACGAGGCCUGGCCACCGAGUUCCUAGCUUCACCACUCACUCUACUGCCCUCCUACUCCAACGUUCACUUGGCCAAGGGCUCCCAGUCUCAUACAGGAGAACUACCCGCGCGUGGGAGAGCACCUCAUCCUCGACGGCUUCCACCGGUUCUCACAAAGAAAGUGGUCAUAUCGAUACUGCCCCUCAUGAGUCUCUCUUAUUCUUCAAUAACCUCUUUCCCCUCAAACUCAGCUCCAUCCUUAUAUGGCGACCAUGGACGAGCGAGGACCUCCUCCAACGCUUCGAACAAUCCUCCUACAGCUUCAUCGACCCCAUCAGACUAGUCAAACGAGCCAUCAACGCCCACGACCAAGUCCCCAUCAAGGUCACCGAGAUCAUCCCUCGCCUCAAGGACGGCGGCGCAUUCGUCAAGUUCACUUACCCAAGUGACAUGUCAGCUGCCGAAGUGGAAAGCAAAUUGUCCAAACUUCUUCACGACAACCCCAUCAAACCAUGGUUCAACCCCUUCGGCAGGGUUAAGACCGGCCUCGUCGAGGGCGUUCCCUGGCUAGAAGACCUGUACAGACUUCCUCGCAGCCGUAUACGAGUCGAGUUCGUGGCCGCCAAGGACGACGAAUCUCCGGCCGAACUGUCGCAAGAAACACUCUACAGCAUCUUCCGCAAAUACGGCAAGAUCAGUGAAAUCACGUCCCAACCGACAGACUCCAAAGUCUUGCCCCGCUUUGCCUACGUCGACUUCGUCUUGGUCCGAGAUGCCAUCAUGGCAAGGAAUUGCAUGCAUGGAUUCGUCUUGCGCGAACAGGGAAGCAAGAAUGCUACAAAAUUACGGCUUUCGUACGAGCAACGAGUCAAGGCCCAUCACAUCUGGGCUUGGUUCACGAGCCACCCUAGGAUCGUGAUCCCGCUCGUCGCCGCCUUGAUAGCGGCCUUCACUGUUGCCGUGUUUGAUCCCAUUCGGGAGUUCUUUGUCAAGGCACACGUCCAGAAAUACUUUGAAUUCACAAACUCCCGCCUCUACAAGUGGUUCAAGUCCCAAACCUCCGACAUCCUCGCCUUCCGUAGGCGCAAGACCGAAGAUGCCGGUCUCAACGCCCUCUUCACCCACCGCAAAGACCUGAUCGACUCCAUCCAAACCGGCCUUCUCGAGUCUGUCGAUACCUUCACCGUCGUCCAUGGCCCGCGCGGCUCCGGCAAGAAGGAACUCAUCCUCGACCAGGUGCUCAAGGAACGCAGCGAUGUGUUGCUCAUCGAUUGCAAGCCGGUCGUGGAAGCGCGCGGCGAAGCGGGCACCAUCCGUCGUCUCGCCUUCGAAGUCGGCUACCGCCCUGUGUUCUCUUGGUCCAACAACAUCAGCAGCCUGGUCGACCUCGCCGUGCAGAGUACCACCGGAGUCAAAGCCAACUUCUCCGAGAAUCUCGAGUCGCAAGUCGUCAAGAUCUUGCAGACGACCGCGUCGGCGCUUAAGCAAGUCGGCUUGUCAGAGCGCAAGAAGGAGGACAAAGACGCGGAUCUCUCGGAGGAUGCCUACCUAGAAGCCCACCCAGAACGGCGGCCAGUGAUUGUCAUUGACCACUUCCUCCACAAGAGCGAGGAGAAGGGUGUCAUCUACGACCGCAUCGCCGACUGGGCAGCGGCGCUGGUACAAUCCAACAUUGCCCAUGUCAUUUUCCUGACAGACGACGCUUCCUACUCCAAACCUCUUCAACGAUCCCUCCCCGACCGCGUCUUCCGCUCCGUCACCCUCGGCGAUCUGUCUCCCAACGUAGCCAAGAAAUUUGUCAUUUCCCAGCUGCAGACAGACACCAAGUUUGCGCAUGACGGGCAGCAGCAGGAUUCGGAACCGGACGGCCAGGAUAAUGACAACAAAAACGAAAAGAAGGACUCCAACACACCCGCCCCCAUCGACCCAGCCCUCCUCCACGAACUAGACACCUGCAUCACCGCCCUCGGCGGCCGUCUCACCGACCUCCAAGUCCUCGCCCGCCGUCUCAAAAUCGGGCAAUCCCCCCAAAAGGCCGUGCAAGAAAUCAUCGACUCGACCGCCUCCGAGAUCCUGCGCAUGUUCCUGCUUUCCAAGUCCCCCUCUUCCGACAAAAAGUACACGACCGAACAAGCCUGGUACCUAAUCUCGCAACUCGCCGCCUCCCCCUCCUCUUCGAUCCCCUACAACUCCGUGCUUUUGUCCAACACCUUCGCGUCGUCGCCCGAAACAGCCCUCGAGGCGCUAGCCAACGCCGAACUGAUCACUGUCAAAUCACAAAACGGCAUGCCUUCGGAGAUCAAGGCCGGAAAACCAGUCUACCAGGCAGCCUUCCAGAAGCUGGCCAGCGACGAGAAGGUCAAAGCGCGCAUGGACCUGCUCGUCUUAACCGAGCUGGCCAAGAUUGAAACCCAAAAAAUCGAAAAGGUCGAGCAGGAGCUGGUGAUGCUGCAGGGCUUGAUGGCGAGGCGGCCGGGCGAUGUGAGUGAGCGGGUGGAGUACCUGCUGGAGAAGAUGAAGGGGGGGCAGGCGAAGUUGAAGGGGUUGGAGGAGGAGAUGGGGGUUGUGAAGGGACGGUUGGUCAAGGCUUAG